AUGUGUAAACAGACUCCUGUUAUUGAUGUAGAUAAUUAUGACACAAUGUUAUUUACAGAAGGAAAUCAACACAGGAUAAUAAAGUCACAGAGAAGAAAUAGAUGCCUGGUAUCAAUGAUGUAUAGAUUGGUGUUACAGGAAUCUAUCAGAGUGCCAGGUGUUAGUGGGUGUCGUCACAUUACCCACGUGACAUCAGACCAGGUCUGGAUCAGUGAUAAUAAAGGCAAUCUUAUACUGACAAACACCGCGGGUAAAAAACUACAUCAUGUGAAAGAUUUAAGUGAAUAUGAUACUGGAUUACAUACUGUGACUGGUGGUGGUGACUUAAUUUAUAAAGACAGUGACCGUAACAUCAUUAAACUGUCUAAAGAUCACAGAAUAAAGACCACAGUAAUACCUUAUAUAGCACCAUGGAGACCACAGUGUGUCUACAGCUCCCCCUCCACUGGACACCUGCUGGUCGGGAUGUAUAAUACUGAUACAGAUACAGGCCAGGUAAACCGUUACACCAACACUGGAGAACACAUACAGACCAUACAGCACAACAACAAAGGUCAGGGACUGUAUAGUGUACCUAGAUACAUCACAGAGAACCGCAAUGGAGAUGUUAUUGUGUCUGACCGGGACUGUGUAGUGGUGACAGACAGAGGAGGGAGACAUCGCUUCACCUACAGAGGUCCUCCAUCAGGAUCAGGACUAGCACCACAUGGAAUCUGUACUGACGCGCUGUCACACAUCCUGGUGUGUGAUUAUAACACCCACACAAUGCAUAUACUGGACAGUGACGGGCGACUCCUGUCACUGAUAGAGAGAGAACAACACGGGAUAGUCGGACCACGGGGCCUGAGUUAUGAUGACAGAACUCACUGUGUCUGGAUCGGAUCACUCUACAACACAGUGAACAUUUACAGACUUAUAACCGGGGACUCCCUGACUGAGUUUCUGAAAAAGGAGAAAACAACUGUUUUUCAUGCCCGAGGAAUACUUGUUGGAUGUGGUGAGGCUGGGAAAACAACACUACUGAAGCGAUUAAGAAAGCAAUGCCAGAAUCGUGGUGAAGUAACAGAGUCAACCUGGGGAAUAACAACACUGCUGAAGCUAUUUAGAGGGAAACGACAAAAUGUUGGUGAAGUUACAGAGUCCACCAGGGGACUGGAAGUCCAUCAACAUAUCUUCAUUGUUAGAGAUGGAAUUUUAGAAGUGGCAGAUGAUGACUCACCAUUGAAGACAUUUAUCAGGAUAAACACUGCAGAUUUGAUACCAGACCCAUCUAGUGCAUUUGACAUCUCCGAUACAAAUGAAGACAAUUUAGAACUAGAAAGUACUGAUAAAAGCUCUGAAGAAAUUUAUAGCAGAGAAGAAAAGAAAGAAAAAAAUGUUGAGAGGUCCAGUUCUCCAACUGAAGGCAAUGACGAACAGAAAGAAGAGAAUAUCGAAAUGUCCAGGUCACUAACUGAAGGAAAAGAAGAAGAGAAUAUAGUAGAAAUAAUGUCCAAUGUUCUCUCCUCAGAGGCACAAGCAAUGGUUAAGGAGGGACUUUUUGAAAAAAUCUUGUCUGAAAAAGAAAAGUUACCAACAGUCAGCAUGUUGGACUUUGCUGGGCAGUUGGCAUAUUACGCCUGUCACCAAAUUUAUGUAACACCAAAGGCCUUCUUCAUCCUUGUGUUGGACAUGACCAAGAGGUUUGAAGAGGUUGUCAGUAAAGAAAAAGAUAACCAGGAAGGAUCAAUCUUCUCUGUGUGGACUUACAAAGACUACUUAAAGUUCUGGAUAACCUCAAUCAAGACAUUUGGAGGCACUAAGGCACCAAUGUUUCUCGUUGUCACACACACAGAAAGAAAAUCUACUGAUGAGAUAGAGAAGUAUUUUGAGGAAUUCUGGGAGGCUGUACCAGCUGAGGACAGAAAUUGGUUAAAAGAAUCUCUUAAAGACCGUACAUAUACAGUGGGUCUAGUUAAACUUAAUGACAACACGAAAAGAAAUCUGGAUUCAAUGACAAAGUCCAUAGUUGAACUAUUUGCAAAUGAGAACAAUACAAAAAUUGAGUUGCCUUCUUCAUGGGCAUUAAUGGAGCAGUUAUUAUAUGAAGGAGCCUGGAAGGUUUUGCCCUUGAGUGAAAUUCGAAAGCUCAAUGCAUCCCUUCCCCUUGAAUACCAAAUUAAAAGUGAUGAGGAAAUGUCUGUGUUCUUAAAAUGUUUCCAUGACAAUGGCCUUCUUUUAUAUUAUGAUGAAGAGAAAUUGAGGGAGCAUACAGUACUAGACAUUCAGUGGUUUGCUAAGGCUUUCAGCAAGAUUAUUGCCGAUAAAAACCAUAUUAAUGAAGACUGCAAAACGAGAUUAAUAACAGAAUGGAAAUCCUUUAACAGAACGGGGGAACUGAAAGAUAAAGUGAUAGAUGCUCUAUGGAAAGAUGAAACAUCGUACUUGGAACACAAAAGUAAAAUAAUGUCGUACAUGGAGAAACUUCAAAUGCUGGUACCUUUGGACUCUUUUGAGGCUGUAUCAGAAGGCGACAUGUCAUGGUAUGUCCCAUGUAUGAAUAAAAAGCAGUUUAAGUCCGACUUUUGCGAGGGAAUGUGGGAAUGCUCCUCCAUUUUAUGCUUUCGAUUCACUUCUUUUGCCAUGUUUGUGUUCUACAGACUGGUAGCGUACUGCAUGAGUUUUCUAAAAUGGAGUGUUUCAAAAGACGAAGACCAUGAAGGAAGUCCUUGUCUUUAUCAAACAGCAGCAGUGUUUGAUCACAAUGAACACACGGUUGUUGUUGGCAUAUGCAAUGACGAUAUCCAGUUGCAAGUACUGAGAAUUACACCACUGACUAUAGACAAAGAUGUAUCAAAUGAAAUUGGGGAAUCCAUUGAAAAAGCCAUAGAAAAACUGACAGAAACAUUUAUUGGCUCCAAAAUAUUCCACAAAGGAUUCAAAUGUCAAAAAAAUAUUUGUGAUGAGAAAGAUUCAUCUUUCACCCUAGCAAGUGAGCUCUCCAAUAUCAAAACCGAAAAAGAAAUACAGUGCAAGUGUCAUCUUCUGGAGAAACAUGUGAUAAAUGUUCAAACGACUCUGAGAUACUGGGAAAAGGAACACCAAGAAGAGAAUAUAAUUGUUGAAGAAUCCGGUCAACCUACUGAUUUGAUUUUGAAUGCGGUGUCCAGAAAACUUCAUGGGAUUCCAUCCACCUCCCUGCUUGCUUCGACUUUUGGAGUCCAUAUAAAAGAAACAUCCAAUGUUGAAGAGGAUAGAUUUAGAAUUCUCUAUAAAUGGAAAUGCAAAAAUUCAGCACUGGAUCACCUAAGAGAGUUGGAGAGAAUUUUACGUGACGCUGAAGACGGAGAAGCCGCCGAUUACGUUGAGACUUUUCAGGUGUCAGACUUUGAAUGUAGUGAUAUAUCAAUGCCUGAACAACCUGUUUCAGAGAGUGACUUCGAUAUAUUAAAGGGAAACCUUUCAAAGGAUUACACGCAUUUGCUGAGAUUUUUAGGUCUGCCGCAUGUAUGUAUAGAACAGCUCGAGGAAGACAUGACAUUUGUUAAAGAAAGGAUGCAUAAAUCAUUCAUGAUAUUGAAAGAAAGACGUCCAAAUUUAAGCCGUAAGGACAUAUGUAGAGGUUUGAAGUUCAUAGAACGAAGCGAUAUCAUUGAUUUGCUGAAUAAGCAUUGGAAAUUUAAAUAGGACGCAAAAGAUAUGGAAUCGCAUAUAUAUAAAAUUCGGUAUAUUACAUUUUGUAAGGACCCAUGCAUUGCAUACCUGUGUAGAGCAUUCAUAGAAAUAAUAACUGAUGACUAGUUAUAUCAUAUACAUGUAUAUAAUCAUAAACUAGGCGGGACACACAGUCCGUAUGCCAGACCAUCGACUCCCCAAGAAACUUAACUUAGGUGAACUACUGGAAGGAAAGUUUGCCCCGUGGUGCCACCCAAAAAUGAUUCUAGGACAUCCUAAAGGCCUCCUUCAAGGCAUUCAGUGUCAACCAUGACUCACUGGAAGUUGCAGCACAAGUCAGGUGUGGGUGGAGAGCCGCAGUUCACAUUG